AUGUACGACCUGCACUACGAUGCCACAUCCCUGGGGCUGAUCCAGUCUUUCGCUGCGGCCAAGAAGCCCGUCGCCGCCGUCUGCCACGGUCCGACCGUCUUCGUGCGCGCCGUCACCCCCGACGGCACCCCCUUGCUGUCCGGCGCCACCGUGACUGGCUUCUCGAAUGUGGAGGAGGACCAGGCUGGCAUGACGCCUGUCAUGCCUUAUAUGCUGGAGGAUGAGCUGAAGCGAGUGACGGGCGGAGGCUUUGUCAAGGCCGACGAACCCUGGGGCGAGAAGGUCGUCGUGUCGCAGACGGCGGGCACCGGCGCGACGCUGAUCACAGGGCAGAACCCGGCCAGCGCGGCGGGUGUGGGCAAGGCCAUUCUGCAGGCGUUGGGUCUGUAA